GCCACCUUCAGUGCCGCCGCGGCACGGGCCGCAGCAGAAGUCUGCAACGCUCGGUCCGAGUCACUCGGCGGCUGAGAGGAAGUUGUCGUCGAAGAGCGCCACGCUGUCGGCGACGCCGGUGGAUAAGCGGGCGUCGUCGUCGUCGGUCCCACAUCCCGACUCGGCGCCGCCGCUGCCGCCCAAGUCCGGCAAACGUGAGGAGUCCCUGCUGGCGACGAUCGAAGGCUCACUGGGAAUGACCCUAGCGGGAGAGCAGGUCGCUGCGGGCAACGACUGGCCGGAGGAGAAUCCGCGCUCUCUGGAAUUCCUUACCGGCAGGUCGCACGAGGCAGAGGACAUCCUAGAUGGCGCCGGUGACGGCGACGGCGACAGGGAGAAGGUGUUGAAGAUGAAGAAGGCCAACUCGUGUUCGGGUAUGAUGGGCUGGAAGUCGAUAUUCUCCAUAUGGGGGAAGGGAGCUGGGGAGAAACCUGAGGACGGCGAGCAGGAAGCUGCAGAGCUCCCGCGCGACGCGUUCAAGAGCGCAAAGACGUUGCCGUCGCGCCGCCCGCCGGCGCCCCCGCCCCCGAACGAGCAUCAAGCGCCGGACGACCACUUCUACUGGUACAUUGAGCACGGGCAGAUGCCAUCGGACUCGAGCUCGACUAGCGGGGACGCCGGCGGCAGCGGACCGUCGCCGAACCACGACCAGUACUACAGCAGCAUCAACGAUAGCAGCGCAGACACGGGGAAGGCCGACAGCUGCAAGUCGGACAGCGGCAUCGAUGUGAGCGCACUCUGCCCGACGACCGACAAGUCGAAGGAUUCGAACUUCAUUCGCAAUCUGUUCUGCCUGGCACCGGCAACGACUUACGCGACGACAGUGGGUGCGAUUCCUCCACCGUUGCCACCCGCGAGAAGCAAGAAGGGUGCCGUAGACGGCAUUAUGCACGAUGUUCUCGACAAGAGCAAGAGCCUUCCGAUUUCCCGCGUGACGAAGGAUGACAUCGAGAUUUGCAGAGACCUGGGUCCAGGCACAGCUAGCCUUCCACCGCACAUACAUCUGCCAUCUCUAAAGAACGAGGACAUGAUUUACAUGGAUUGUGAUGAGGCCGCAUUUGCCGAGAGACCGUCCGACUCCAGCUCUGAAGAGAGCGCGGAUGAACUUGACGAUGAGCAGGCGAACAGGCAGAAGGAAAAGCGAACUUUCUACAUCGCUCAGGAGAUGGCGACGUCAGAGAGAACGUUUGUUGAUGUACUAAGACUGCUCAAUGAGGACUUUCGUGGAGCAGUGCUGGCUGCAGGCAGGGAGAAGGGUAAGCCAGUAGUGCCAGAGGAGACGCUCAGCCAGGUGCUGAUGCACCUCCCCCAACUACAGAACCUCAACUCGGGGCUGGCCGACGAUCUUGCCGCUCGCAUCGCCACCUGGGACAAAAGGCCACAGAUAGCUGACGUUUUUGUCAAGUUUGGACCCUUCCUUAAGCUGCAUGCUUCUUACAUCAAAGAUUUCGCUCAGAUGACACAAGGGUUAGAUGAUGCGUGCAAGAAAUACCCAGCCUUCGCCAAGGCUGUCAAAGAAUUUGAGAUGAGCUCGCUAUGUUGCAACCUGGCGCUGAAACACUACAUGCUGAAGCCUGUGCAGCGAAUCCCACAGUACAGGUUGCUGCUGCAGGACUACCUGAAGUAUCUCCCUGACAGGUCGCCCGAUAAGAAGGACACCCGCUUGGCUCUCCAGAUUGUCACUGACGUUGCCAGCCAUGCGAAUGAGACUAUCAAGAAGGAGGAAAAAUUUGAGAAACUGUUCCAACUGCAGGAGCGUCUACUAGGGGGAAGGAUCAUUGUAAAACCAGGCAGGGUUCUUCUUAAGCAGGGCGAGGUUCUGAACAUUUCCCGUAAGGAACCCCAGAUGAGAAAUCUGUUUCUGCUGAAUGAUGUCCUUCUGUAUGCUGUUCCUCUGCCUAACACCAUGUACAGACUGAGUGCUAUUCUACCUCUGUCAGGCAUGAAGGUGGUAAAGCCAGCACUAGAAGCUUAUGAAAACGAGUUCCACAUCAUUACUGUUGAGCGCUCAUUUACCUUCGCAACAAGGACUCCCUCCGAGCGGGAGGAGUGGAUCGUGGCCAUCGCACCCGCUGUGAUAGAGAAUGCUGAGAAACGCAGCACCUUCAAAACCUCUCGCACCACCAUGGCAAAGCGGAGCAUCUACGAAAAGGACGGCAGCGUAAAGCUGGGCACGAAAGCGCCCAUCUGGAUCCCGGAAACAAGAGUGACUAUGUGCAUGAUGUGCACGUGUGACUUCGGCGUGAGGUCACGACGACAUCACUGCCGUGCGUGCGGCAAGGUGGUGUGCAGCACCUGUGCAAGCAACAAGGCACCAUUGCUGUAUCGCAAAUACCAGAGUGCGCGAGUGUGUGGAUCAUGCUACGACAAACUAUGGACAGAUUACGCGCGGAUGAGGGAUGAGGAUGUGCGAUCAUCUGUCUAUGAGAUGAAAGACGACAUCUACGGCACGGUGGGCGAAUGCUACGGCCUUGGCCACGAUGACCUCAGGACUAGGUUUAAGAAGGCCGACACAAAGAAGAAAGUUAGGCACAUGCCACAGCGGUUGAAAGAGGUGUGUGCGAACGAUGCCGGGUCUGCAAUCAGCGGCUACCUCCACAAGCGUGUGAAGAAGGGGAAGUGGCAGCGUCUAUGGUUUGUGGUGAAGGACAAGGUUCUCUACUCCUAUAAAGCUUCUGAGGAUGUAGCAGCAUUAGACGCAACACCUCUGCUUGGAUUUAAUGUUCAGACCAUGGACACAAUAGAGGUUUUCGAGGGUGUAGACGCGAGUCUGGUCUUCGAACUGUGCCACCAUCGCAAGAGCAUGUUUAUCUUCCACACGGACGCGGCAAGCGCGCGUGAACGCUGGGUGACACUCAUCACAGAACAAACCGUUCUCGUAUAACCUCCGCGAGGCCAGGGAGUGGCCGUUGCUAUGGGAACACCGGCGCACGGCGACACACCGGGUUGUCACUGUGCAUGUUCGAAGUCGCAUCCUAGCAGUAGACAGGUCUGGUGUAUUGCAGGGAGACGUGGCUGGUGGACUCGGUAGUGCGGUCACCAAGUAUUACCACCGUCUAGGUAUCAUCUCGUGCUGCUACUUAAAUAAAUGAGUGAAGACAAAGGUCUUCAUCUUUCUCUCUCUCUUUCUCUCUCUCUUUCUCUCUUUCGCUCUCUCUCUCUUGCUCUCUUU